CGGUGCUACGUGGAAAGGAAGUAGCGAGCUGGCUAGUGCUAGCUGCUACAAGUUGAGAGCGACCAAAACAAACGAUGACGGCCGAGCCGAUGAGCCCAAAAAGCUUGGAUUGACCAUGGGAAAUUGAUUUGCUUGCAAACGCUAGAUGCGGUAUUGGAUAUACCCGUAUUUCUACAUGACUGACUUGUAGAAAUGUUGAGGUUUUAAGUGCCAACUGGGAAGGUUUUCGAGCUGGAACUGUAUCCAGGAUUGAUCCUGUAAUUUACAGCCUUGUUAGACUGUAGCUAGCUAUUAAUAAGGAGCUUUUCUGGACUAAACAUCUUUCUGAAUUCACGGAAUACAGUUUGCACCAGGGGACGUUAACGACGGAAAAUGUAACGACAGUUAAAUUGACUGUUUCAUGUGGAUACGCCGAGUUGCCUCUGAGAUCCCUGUAACAUUUUCCAGGACUUGGUGAUAACUAGCUAGCUAGCUAGCUAGCUUGACAGGCAAAAUGAGUUGGUUCAACACAUCUCAUUUGUCCAGUUUCGCUAAACAAGCUCUGACUUCAGCUCAGAAGUCAAUCGACCGGGUUCUGGAUAUCAAAGAAGAGGACCAAUGGGGUGACACGGUUGUUAUGCCUUAUGACGAUGUUACACUAACUGAGAAGUUGUCUUUAAGUGGAGGUUGGGGAAUAACGCAAUGGGAAGCACCACCUGAAGAAAAGACCACCACCCCUCCUCCCUCCUCUGAGGCCAUCACUACUCCUGUAACCCGCACAGUUGUGGACGAAUCUGAGAACUUUUUUAGUGCCUUUUUGCCACCAGGAGAAGGUCAAGGUGUCACUAAUAUCCAAGUAGUCUCUGUACCCCCUACCAAAUCCCAAAGGCGGCUUCAGGAGAAGGAAAACAAAAUUAACAAGACCGUGGUCCAAACAGACGUGGAGACUGAAGAGUCAGCAUCUGCUGAUGAGAGUAAUGAAAAUCUGGAAGCUGCCGAGAGCCUGCCAGAUGAGCCGGACUCCUUACUGGCAGCACCUUACACAGACGCUAUCCCCCCAGAACAUGCUUCCCCUGCGUACUCUUCCAGUGAUCUUUCUAGUAAAACUGACAUAGAUAUGAUCAAUGUAGAAACAGAUGCUAGUCCAGCAGUUCCUGAAGAUUCAGAAACACAGCCCUCACAGACUCCCUCUGAUCACAAGAUUGAGCAGGAUACCACAGAUUCCUCUGAACCCUCUUCUGACUCCUCUGGGUCCAAAAGCUCUACUCCCUCUGAACAGUCACCCUCUCCUUCCUCUAAAGAAGUAUCCAUUGAGCUUAAAGACUCAAAGGUGGAGGAUCGGCAAAGCGAUACCCCCUCUCCUCCUGUCAGUGCUUUUUCUUCAGGAACAUCCACCACUAGUGACAUUGAAGUGCUUGAUCAUGAGUCUGUGCUGAGUGAAAGCUCGGCCAGCUCCAGACAAGAAACAGGUGAAGGCAAAGCUGGUCUUCACUUGAUGCAGGGCUCCUUCCAGCUUCUCACUGCCUCUACCUGUGGAGACUUCCCCCGGUUGGAGGACUAUUCCAAACUCACAGAGAGCUGCGGCUCCUCCUCUGAUGCAUUUGAGCGCAUAGAUUCAUUCAGUGUGCAGUCACUGGAUAGCCGGAGUGUCAGUGAGGUUAACUCAGAUGAUGAGAUCCCUGGCAGUCGAACAUUAGCAUCUGUCACCGCAGGCCCUGCUCCUCUAACAGUGUCAUCAGCUGUAUGUGAAAAGCAAGAAGAUGGAGUGGAAGAGAAGGCAGAAGAGGAGCAAGAUGAGGAGGAGGAAGAGGAAGGCUUCACCGAAUCAAUGAGGGAGCAGUCCCUGGAUGAGAUGGAGGAGAGUGGACGGAGUGCGACGCCUGUUAACAGUGAGCAGCCUGAAGAGUUACCAGAUCAGGAGUCUGAGGCUCAGGUCACACUUUCUGAUGCUAUGUGCACAGCUGAAGAUAAGGUCACCCCACCAAUCACAGAGGAAAUGAAAGGCUUCUCAACAGUCCAGAUUUUGGAGUUCCAAAAGGUCAUUGACGAGCUGUCGGGAUGCCUUGAGAAGAGAGAAUCUCAGCUUCUGGCAGUCAGCAAAGACAAGGCCAGGCUGGAGGAGGAGUGUGACAAUCUCAAAGAUGAAGUGGUGACCCUGAAGGAGGAGAGCUCCACUGUGCAGUCCUUAAAGGAUGAGUUCACCCAGCGCAUAGCAGAUGCAGAGAGGAAGGCUCAGCUGGCCUGCAAAGAAAGAGACAUAGCUAAGAAGGAAAUCAAGGGCUUGCGAGAAGAGCUCUCUACGAGACUCAACCCUAGUGACACAAUGGAGAUAAUCCGAGAAAAAGAAGAACAGAUCAGAGGCCUGCUUGAAGAAGGUGAAAAGCUGUCCAAGCAGCAGCUGCAGCACAGCAACAUCAUCAAGAAACUGCGUGUGAAGGAGAAGGACAGCGACUCAAGGAUCAUCAAGCAACAGAAAAAAAUAAAGGAGCUGGAUGAGGAGCUCAAGACGCUGCAGCAGGUUCUAGACGGAAAGGAGGAGGUGGAGAAGCAGCACAGGGAAAACAUCAAGAAGCUGAAUGCUGUGGUGGAGCGUCAGGAGAAGGAGCUGAACAGGGUGCAGGCAGACUCGGAGGAGCUGCAGGAGAAGAACAGAAGUAUCCAGGCUGCUCUGGACAGCUCUUAUAAAGAGCUGGCAGAACUUCACAAAGCCAAUGCCAGCAAAGCCAGUGAAGCUGAGGAAGCAGCUCUUAGCAGGCAAAUUCAGGCAAAGGAGCAGCUGAGUCUGACUCUUGAGAAGGCCCAAGAUGAGGCCCGGUUACAACAGGAAGCCCUGGCUGAUCAGGUGGCUGACCUGAGAGUGGCUCUGCAGCGAGCUGAGCAGCAGCAAGCAAGGAAAGAAGAUUAUUUAAGGGAAGAGAUCAGUGAGCUGCAGCAGAGGCUACAGGAGGCAGAGACCAGGAACCAAGAACUCAGUCAGAGUGUAACCUCUGCAACGCGGCCCCUUCUGCGACAGAUCGAGAACCUCCAGGCCUCACUGGGCGGGCAGACAGCAUCUUGGGAACAACUGGAGCAGAACAUCUCUGACAGGCUCGUGGAUGCCCAGGCACAGCUGGCAGUUGCUGUGCAGAAGGAGCGAUCAGCAACAGAGGAGCUGAUGUCCAUCAAGUCUCAGCUUGCCUCUUUAGAGUCCCAGAAUUCCCUGCUCCGCCAGGAGAAGGCAAGAACCCUGGCACAGCUGGAUGGAGAGAGGAACAAAAGAGAGAAAAUUGAGGAUGAGAGCAGCAGGGAGCAUGUUGAGCUGGAAAAUCUGAGAGGAGAACACAGCCGUAUGAUGGAAGAUGCCAAAAAAGAAAAGCUGCUGCUGACCAAUCAACUCGAGAUGGAGAAGAUGAAAGUGGAGCAAGAGAAGAAGAAGAGCUAUUUAGCACAAGAGGCACUCAAGGAAAAGGAGCGGAAGGCCAUGACCCACUCGGUGGAGCCUCCUGCCUCCUCUACACCAUCCCUGUCCCGCUCCAGCUCUAUCAGUGGGGCAGAUCAUGCAGGCCUGCACACUUCAGUUCUUUCCCAGGACGACGCUUUGGACCACUCCUUGGGUACCAUGACUAUGUCGAUGUCGAUGAGUGGGACCAACCUAUACGAGGCUGCCCGGCUGUCUGGAGGCUCCAGCAUCAUAGAGAACCUCCAGUCUCAGCUCAAACUCAGAGAAGGAGAAAUUGCACAGCUGCAGCUUGAGAUUUCAAGUCUUGAGAGGAGUCGUUCAGUGAUGGCUGAAGAGCUGGUCCGACUCACCAAUCAAAAUGAAGAAAUGGAUGAGAAGAUACAGGAGAUCCCUAAGUUUAAAAUUCAACUCAAGGAUCUUGAGCAGAGACACAACACAAUCCUUCAGAUGUAUGGAGAAAAGGCUGAAGAGGCUGAGGAGCUGAGACUGGACCUUGAAGAUGUGAAGAAUAUGUAUAAAACCCAGAUUGAUGAACUGCUGAAAAACCAGAAAUAAACAGUAUAUACUGUGUUACUUCCGGGAUACGUACAAGUAACCUUGUUGACUAUCUUAGACAGGAGUGAAUUGGGAGGGAGAGAUAGGGCAGUGAGUUUGAGUUGAAUUAGUGUCAAAUGAAAAAUAGGUUUCCUCUACCUGAUAUCUUAUUCUAACUCACUAUCACAUACAACAUUUAAGUUGGGAUCUAGGGAUCUUGGGACUAUUCAUAGCAUACAAUGCUUUAUUCCAGAAUCAGUAUGAAGGAUAGUUACCAUUUGUGAUUCAGGUGUUCAUUUGAAAUCAUUGGUACCUAGUACAAACAUGCUUUUAGAUAUGAUUUCUCAUGGCUGACUCUUUCACAUGUCUUUUGGAUAGUUAACAAAGGUCAGAGACGGUGAAGGUUUUUUUGCACUAUACAAAUUUAUCAUUUUAUUUCCUAUUGCAUUACCAGAAUGUUUUAAAAAUAAUAUAAUUUUAUUGUACAGAAAAAAUGUAUGUAUUGUUCUUAACUCCUUACAAAUCACAAAAUGUGGCGUAGACCUGAAGAGUAGUCUGUGAUUGAAAUCCUGAAUAUUGGGUCUCAAACCUUUUAAAUAUGUAAAUGAAUAAACAUUUAUUUGGGUGGUGAAAGAAA